AUGUUGGUUGUAAUGUGUAAACAUAUGAGAGAUUUGGAUAUUAUUAUUACAAGUCAGUUUGAUAAAUGUCUAGAAUGCGAAACUUUUUAUAAGUUAUCUUGGAAUAAGAAAGAAUGUAUUCCUAAAUGUGAUGACGGAAUUACAAUUGAAUAUGAAUUUUGUGACGACUAAAGUAAUGUAUAAUUUGAUGGAUGUUAUAAAUGCUAAGCAAGUUUCUAAUUAGAAUGCAUAUUAUGUAUAGAAUUAUAAUGCUAUGCUUGUAUUGAAGGAUGGCAAAUUAUAGAUAAUAAAUGUUAUCAACAGUGUGGAGAUGGUUAACUUGCUGUUUCAUCUUAAGAGUAAUGGGAUGAUGGAAAUUAUAAUUCUUAUGAUGAUUGUAAUGAUUGUAAAUUUGCUUACGAUCAAAAUUGUUUCUCGUGUGCUACUUCUAAACUUUGUUUUUAUGUUAUGAAUAUUUUGAAUUGGAUGUGA